AUGGCGUCCUCGCAAGCAGAACUGUCGCCUGAAACCCGGCAGGAGCAAUUCGAGCAAGGCGUAGCUAUCUCCCUACACCUAUGGCUCUCCCUCACAGUCGCCGUGCAGAACAGCCUGGGCGGGCCCGACUCCGACGACAAGCGCGACUGGUUCGCCGGUGCCAUCGUGGAGAUGUUCCCCAGCAUCGUCGACCUAGCCAAGUUUCAGUCCCAGCCGCAGAAUAAGAACAAGAGCCCUCCCAAGGACCCCGAAGCCGAGGACGUCGAGGCCACUUUGCUGCAGGUCAUGUGGGAUGAGUUUGAGACCAACGUUGAUGAUGACUCGGAGGUCGAGGUUGCUGAGCGCAUCAUAAAAGCCCGCACCCAGUGCAUCGCAGGCGACUUCGAGUUCGUGGAGGAGCUAAGACGGAGGUGGCUGGCUACCAAGGGUAAGACCGUCAAGGUGGAAGAGGUGGACGGCGGGGAUCAAGAGACAGAUUGGGAAAGCGAAGAUGAUGACGAAGAUGAUGAUGACGACGUUGAGAUGGAUGAGGCGCCCGCCUUGGUGGCAGCUCCUAAAGAACGUCCACCUCCAGAAGUGGAUGACGAUGGCUUUACAAAAGUUACGCGAAAGAAGCGUUGA